UUUUUUUUUUUCAAUUUUUUUGCCAUUAAAACCAAUCGAGAGAAACCCCUCCGUCCCGCCACAGCAUUUACGGCUAUUACCACCGACGGGGUCGCAUGAGGACGCGUGAGUCAGCCAUCACCGUCCGUUGAUGGAGGAUCGGACGGCGGAUCAAAGACCUCCGCAUGCGCCGCCGCCCGUACAAUAACUCUCCCCGUACCUCCUCUCCCAAAUCUCAUACCAAGCUCCCUCUUUUCCCCCUUCGCCCUCUCUCUCUCUCUCUCUCUCUCUCUCUCUCUCUCGCUUCGUGUUGCUGAGACGUUUAGGGCGGAGCUAAGAAGGGGGAGGAAUCGCCCUAGGGCAUCAAUCAGAUGGAUGAUGAUGAAGAUGACUAUGAGGACUUUGGUGGAGGGAAUCGCCUCCUGGGAUUUAUGUUUGGCAAUGUCGAUGAUUCCGGUGAUCUGGAUGCGGAUUAUCUUGAUGCGGAUGCAAAGGAGCACCUUUUUGCCUUGGCCGACAAGCUUGGACCAUCCUUAAAAGACAUUGAUUUAGUCCAAUCUUCCCCUGCACCAACUGAUGCUCCUGAACAAGAUUACGAUGAGAAGGCUGAAGAUGCUGUUGAUUAUGAAGACAUUGAUGAACAAUAUGAUGGGCCUGAAGUUCAGUCCACCACAGAGGAAGAUCAUUUACUGCCGAAGAAAGAAUAUUUCUCUUCAAAUGCCCUGCAUGCUUCUUUGGACGAUAAAGCUCCUGUAUUUGAUGAGGAGAAUUAUGAUGAAGAUGAGGAAGCUCCAAAAGUCGAUGAGGUGGUGGAAAAUAAUGCUGCUCUGCAAAGUUCUUUUUCAGCAGAUGCUAUUCCAGCCGAGAAGUUGGAAUCUGUUCCUCAGAAGGAAAAUUCUUCUGAUGACAAUGUCGCGAAGGAAGAAAAUGCAGAUUUUGAAUUAGAAGAUUUUCAGGAAGAAGCUGUUAUUGAACAAGAGCAAAUUGAAUCCAAAACUGCUACCUCCCUUCCUGUUCUGUAUGUUGAGGAUGGCAUAGUGAUUCUGAGGUUUUCUGAAAUUUUUGGUGUCAAUGAGCCUAUAAAGAAAGCUAGAAAGGAUCAUCAUAGGCGUCCAACAAAUAAAGACUGGGUCAGAACCUUAGAUGUUGCUGAUAUUGUGGAAGAAGAUGAGGAGGUCUUUUUAAGAAGUGCUGAUCAAAAUUUCUCUACUGCUAAGCAUUUGAGGGUAGAAAAAGGUGUUUCCGAUAGUGAUGUUGAACAGGAAAUAUCUGAUAUCAGUGUGCAACUAAGAGACUCCUGUAUAAGUGCGCAACCAAUGAAGGACGAUAUCACAACGGAUAUGCGUGUUGCUCAGAAAUCGCCUUUUUGCCCUAAUUUUUAUCCACUUGAUCAGGAAGAUUGGGAAGAUGCAAUUAUUUGGGGAAAUUCACCAGCAGCAAGCCAUGGUUACUCAGAAAAUUGUGCAGUAUCUGAACUUGAUGUUGGGAUGCAUUCUGAAGCUGAAAUUGAAUGCCAUGAACAAGGUACUUCUGGUGCCAGAGAAAAUGUAACUUCAACAAAUUAUCAAUCCUUUGAGAAGAGUUACCAUCCAGAACUAUUGAGAUUAGAGUCUCCUCCUGAGAGGAGUAAAUUAUAUUCUUCUGAUCCAAACAAUGUAAAUGGGGCGACAGAGGUUUGCAAAGGUGAUGCUUUAAAGCGUUUCAGCAAACUCUCCUUGUUGAAUAAGGAAUUAUUAGAAGGCUCAUGGGUGGACAAUAUCAUCUGGGAUUCAACUGAUGACAUCCCAAAACCAAAGCUGAUUCUUGACCUUCAAGAUGACCAAAUGCUCUUUGAAGUUCUAGAUGAGAAACAUGGUGAGCAUCUUCGCUCUCAUGCAGGUGCUAUGGUAGUGCCUCGCACGUUGAGGUCUUCGAUAGAACAGCGCUUAGAUCUUCAUAGCCAGGGAAUGACUUCAGCUGGGCGGUUCAAUAUUUCGAAUGACAAAUAUUAUUCCAACAGAAAGACGACUCAGCAAGCCAAAACCCAUGCUAAAAAGCGUGCUCACCUGGGUAUAAAAGUCAUGCAUUCUGUACCAGCUUUGAAACUGCAAACAAUGAAGCCCAAGUUAAGCAAUAAGGAAAUUGCCAACCUGCAUAGACCAAAAGCCUUGUGGUAUCCUCAUGAGAAUGAAAUAGCUGCCAAGGUUCAAGGAGUUGCUUGCCCCAGUGGACCAAUGCGAGUUAUACUGACGAGUAUGGGAGGAAAAGGAGUCAUUCUUCAUGUCAAUGCGGAGGAAAAUGUGUCAUCUGUAAAACUGAGAGCAUCUAAGAAGCUAGAUUUCAAACCAUCUGAGAAAGUCAAAAUCUUUUAUUCUGGAAAAGAGCUUGAGGAUGAUAAUUCUUUGGCUAUGAAAAACGUGAGACCCAACUCCAUACUUCAUCUUGUGCGAACAAAAAUACAUGUAUGGCCAAGGGCACAAAAGUUGCCUGGUGAGAGCAAGCCCCUGCGACCUCCCGGAGCAUUUAAAAAGAAAUCUGAACUAUCUGUUAAAGAUGGACAUGUCUUUCUGAUGGAGUAUUGCGAGGAAAGGCCUUUGCUUCUGGGAAAUGCUGGGAUGGGGGCAAGACUUUGUACAUAUUACCAGAAAAGUGCAGUAGGGGACCAAACUGCUGUGUCUCUACGAAAUGGGAACAAUGACCUGGGUACGGUUCUCACGCUUGAGCCAGCAGACAAAUCUCCUUUUCUUGGAGAUGUAGGUCCUGGUUGCAGCCAAUCAUGUCUGGAAACAAACAUGUACCAUGCUCCGAUAUUUCCUCAUAAAUUGUCUUCCACGGACUAUCUCUUGGUUCGUUCUGCCAAAGGGAUGCUUUCUCUUCGCCGAAUUGAUAAACUAUAUGUAGUUGGACAACAAGAGCCUCACAUGGAAGUUCUCUCUCCUGGAUCCAAAAAUAUGCAGACAUAUCUUAUUAACAGGAUGCUCGUAUAUGUGUACCGCGAGUUUCGUGCUAGAGAGAAGCCUGGUUUCCUUCCUCAUAUUCGAUAUGAUGAGUUGGCAUCUCAGUUCCCUAAUCUGACAGAUGCUUUUGUGAGAAAACGCUUAAAACAUUGUGCUGACUUGAAGAAAGGACCAAAUGGGCACUUGUCUUGGGUGAAAAGGCGUGAUUUUCGUAUUCCAUCAGAAGAGGAAUUGAGGCGAAUAUUAUUGCCAGAAAAUGUAUGUUGUUAUGAAAGUAUGCAAGCUGGCAUGUACCGUCUCAAACGCUUGGGAAUACAGAGGCUUACUCACCCUGUUGGGCUUUCUUCUGCAAUGAAUCAGCUUCCUGAUGAAGCUAUUGCACUUGCCGCAGCUUCACAUAUUGAGAGGGAAUUGCAAAUAACUCCAUGGAAUCUUACUAGCAAUUUUGUUGCUUGUACCAACCAGGACCGGGAAAAUAUAGAACGGUUGGAAAUUACAGGUGUUGGUGAUCCAUCCGGUCGUGGACUAGGAUUUAGCUAUGUCCGUGUUACUCCUAAAGCACCUAUUUCGAAUUCGACUGCUAAAAAGAAGUCAGCUGCUGCACGAGGGGGGUCAACAGUGACUGGCACUGAUGCUGAUCUACGCAGAUUGAGCAUGGAUGCAGCACGCGAGGUUCUUUUAAAAUUUAAUGUUCCAGAGGAGCAAAUUGAUAAGUUGACAAGGUGGCAUCGGAUUGCUUUAGUUCGGAAGAUGUCGAGUGAGCAAGCUGCAUCGGGAGUUAAAGUUGAUGCAACAACGCUCAACAAGUUUGCGCGUGGCCAGCGGAUGUCAUUCCUGCAGCUUCAGCAGCAGGCUAGAGAGAAAUGCCAAGAAAUUUGGGAUCGACAAGUUCAAAGUCUUUCGGCUGUUGAUGGUGAUGAAAAUGAUAGUGAGGCUGAAGCAAAUAGUGACCUGGAUUCAUUUGCUGGAGAUCUUGAGAAUUUGCUAGAUGCAGAAGAGCUUGAUGAAGAAGAUGCUGGUAAAAUAGAUUUGAGAAGCAGCAAAGCAGAUGGUAUGAGAGGGUUCAAAAUGAGAAGGGGCCCAUCUCAAGCUCGAACUGAAGAGGAAAUUGAAGAUGAUGAGGUUGAAGCUGCUGCUAUAAUUAGACUGCUUGAAGAGGAUGAAAGUGACACAAAAAGAAAGAAGAAACUUGCUGAGAAAGUAGGUGGUGGCUCUCGUUUAGAUCUUGAGAGUGCAGACCCUACCAAGAAAAUUAAGGUUGGGAAAAUUACUACACCUAUUCCUGGCGUCUCACUGACCUCUAAGGAGUUAAGAGAAACUGAAGAGGUUGGUAAGUUUCUUCCUGAAGGAAGCUAUUCCACUAAAAUACAACUAAAAAAAGGUGAUGACAUGCAUGUUGGGCUUGUAAAGAAGAAAAGUGCUUUAUCAAAAGAUGGCCUUAAGGUUUUUAAAGAAAAGAAGCCAGGUGAUAAAUCAGCAAGAGAAAGCAUCGUCUGUGGAGCUUGUGGUCAGCUUGGGCACAUGCGGACCAACAAAAACUGCCCCAAAUAUGGAGAAGAUUUAGAAACAUCGGAAUUAGAAACUGUCCCUACUAAAUCUAAUCUUCUUGACGUUGCUAAUCAAGUUCAGGCUAAAACCCCAGGCAAGAAAUUAGUACCUAAGAUUUCAGCAAAAUUGCCUGAUGCUGAAGCACCUGAAAAUUCUGAGAAGCCAAAAAUUCUCCCGGUGAAGUUCAAAUUUGGGUCAGCUGAGAAGUCCUUAGAGAAAAGCUUGCCGGGCACUCUGGUUCCUGAUCAACAAAUUGCAGAUACUAAUAUAGAUGCCAAAUCAACAGGAAAGAUCAAUAAGAUAAAAAUAUCGAACAAGACAAAGUCGGAAGAUGUUCGCCAUGAAAUUCACAAGCCAUCUGUUGUGAUACGCCCCCCAGCCGACAUGGAGAAAGACCAACCUCGGAAGAAGAUCAUUUUCAAGCAGCCGAAAGUUCUUAGUAAUGUGGAACAUUCCAAAAAAGUUGACAUUGGAAGGGAUCAGGAGUAUAAAAAGAUGAGGAGAAUUGCUGAAUUAUCAAGCAUUGGGAAACAAAAUAAGCAGGAGAGCCAGUGGUUCAUGGAAGAAACUAGUCAGAGAAAUCCCAUAUACGAGAGGACAUUAUGGGGUGAUGAAAAGAAAAGCAAAGGUAAGGAGAGAAUAAAAGAAGACAGAAGUUGGAGAGUGCAAGAGGAUGAAAGGACGAUGAGGUUAUCUGAUUCUAGGAUGUAUGAUGAAGCAACGAAGGAUGAAGAGAUGGAAAAUGCAAGGAAGAAGAAGAAGAAAAAGAAGAAACCUGAUUUCAGGGAUGAUUACUCAGUAGACCAUAGACCAUACAGAAAUGAUAGAAGGAUACCUGAAAGGGAUCGAGCUGCAAAGAGACGUUCUGUGGUUGAUAUAUCUGAACAUGCACCAUCGACAAAACGACGUAGAGGAGGAGAGGUCGAGCUAUCCAAUAUGUUGGAGCGGAUAGUUGACAGCCUGAGGGGUCACAUCGAAGUAUCAUAUCUCUUCCUCAAACCUGUGACCAAGAAAGAAGCUCCGGAUUACUUCGACAUAAUAAAGCGUCCGAUGGAUCUUUCGACCAUCAGGGACAAGGUGAGGAGCAUGGAGUACAAGAACCGGGAGGAUUUCAGACACGACGUGUGGCAGAUCACAUAUAAUGCGCACAAAUACAACGACGGCCGCAACCCCGACAUCCCUCCCCUUGCUGACCAGCUCCUCGAACUUUGCGACUACCAGCUGGAGGAGUACGAUCUCGAGUUGACCAAUGCAGAAGCUGGUAUCGAAUUAAAAGAUUUCUAGAUAAGGAAUGAUAAUUAUUCUUUUUCUAUUAUUUAUAUAUAUAUAUAUAUAUAUAUAUAUAUAUAUAUAUUCCUGCUGAUUAGUGAAUAGUUUGGUUGGAGCCUGCAGCAGCUGCAAAUAUGUUGUAUUUUUCCUGCUAGUUAAUGUGCUGCAGCCUUCACAGCAAGCAGAUUGUAGAGGUACCCACACUCCCCCCACCCCGGCUCCCCUCUUUUUUCCUGUAACAUCCGCGCUGUACAUAGCAUAUAAUCUCAGGGUGGUUUUACUUUGCUUCAAUAAUGAUGAUUUUUGUUCAAUGAUCAAAUGAGUAUAUUUGUCUCUUUGCCGGCUGCCGAUUUUUGUCAACUAGAAUUCGGUUUUGCGACGAGUUGGCUAGCAGUCAGUCGGCUUUUGUAGCAUCGUUGCUGACUGUAUUUCAGCUUUUCAGACUUCAUG